AUGAUGGAAAGGAUAAGAAAAGAGAUGAUUCUGAUGGAGCGGGGGCUGCACGGUCCCGCCGCCGCCGCCGCCGCCGCCAAGAGGUUCUCCGGCUUGUCGGACCCGGCGGGGAGUGCGGUGCUGGAGGCCCUGGACACUUCCCCGCACAGUCCCCGCCUGCCCACCGCCUCUCUGCACGGCUCUCUGGGCGACCUGCCGCCCAAGGGCAAAUUCGAAAUCGACGCCUUGUUCCACCUGCAGCCCCCGAGCGGCGACGGCCCGGUGGCCUCGGACGGUCCCGCGGCCGAGGCCAGGAAGAAGCCCGGCCACUAUCCCGACGGGGCUCCCGAUCCCGACAUCAACGGCGACCUGGAGGUGGGCUGCUCGGCUCUCCGCUCGCCCGCCGGCCUCGGUGCCCCCCAGCUGAAGGACACCCCCGGCAAAGGGUAUUCGGAGGGCAGCUCGGCCGCCUCCACCACCACCUCCUCUUCUUCGUCGUCGUCGUCCUCCUCCUCUUCGGGCUCCGGCUUAACCAACCUGCACGGCGGCAGCGCGCUGGGGAACUCGGGCUCCGGAGCCGAUCAAGUGAGACGGUACCGCACCGCCUUCACCCGGGAGCAGAUAGCCCGGCUGGAGAAGGAGUUUUACCGGGAGAAUUACGUGUCCCGGCCCCGGAGGUGCGAAUUGGCAGCCGCUCUCAACCUGCCCGAGACCACCAUCAAGGUGUGGUUCCAGAACCGGCGGAUGAAGGACAAGCGUCAGCGUCUGGCCAUGUCGUGGCCGCACCCGGCCGACCCCAGCUUCUACACCUACAUGAUGACGCACGCGGCGGCCACCGGCAGUCUGCCCUACCCGUUCCACUCGCACGUGCCGCUGCACUAUUACCCCCACGUGGGGGUGACGGCGGCGGCGGCGGCGGCGGCGGCGGCCUCGGGGGCGGCGUCGCCCUUCGCCACGUCCAUCCGCCCCCUGGACACGUUCCGCGCCCUCUCCCACCCUUACUCUCGCCCCGAGCUGCUCUGCAGCUUCCGACACCCGGGGCUCUACCAGUCCCCGGCCGGGGUGGCGGCGGCGGCGGCGGCGGCGGCGGCGGCGUCCUCGGCGUCCGGGGCGCCCCCCAGCGGCGGGGCGACGCCCUGCUCCUGCCUCAGCUGCCACAGCAGCCAAGCGGCGGCGGCGGCGGCGGCGCUGGGCCCUCGGGGCGGCGGCGCGGACUUCCCCUGCACGGCCGCGUCGCAGCGCUCGGAGAGCGGCUUCCUGCCCUACUCGGCCGCCGUGCUCAGCAAGACGGCCGUCAGCCCCCCGGAGCCGAGGGAGGAGCCGCCGCUCACCAGAUAA